AUGGCUGAUUUAGAUUUGUCUAUACUUGACCGUGUCAAGAAAAGAUUGUACGGCCUGGACACACAAGUGAUUCCCAACUUCCAAGAUUCGCUUCUAUUUGGAAGCACCCAGGUAAUAGGAGAGAAACAUGAGGCAGAGACACAAUUGGUCGAAAAUCAAGAAGAAAAUGCUCCAAAUACCGAAUUGAAUACCCAAAAUGGUACACAAUUGACGGUAUUGUCUACUCAAAUUCCAGAAACGUCCACUCAGAGAGUCAUCAGACUUCCACAACUAGCUUUGAACGAAGAAGAUUUCGCCACUCCUCAGACUCAAGUAACCGCUCCACCUUUCAUUCCAGGGCCCGAAGACGUUCCUGUGGAGCUCACAAGAGAAGAGAAACUUGCACGGCUCGUGGAGCUCAAACGCCGGGAGCGUAUUCGCGAAGAGCAGCAGCUCCAGGCAGAUAUUUCACAUACUACAUUGACAGACGAAGAAAACGACUUGGACGAUGCAGCAGAUACCACGCGAGACUCUUCCGUGCAGAAAAAUGCAACUACUAAGAAAGAGCUCGAAGAGAUCGAUCGUAAACUCAAUGAAGAGAAGAGAAAUCGCACUAUUCAGCCGAUUUUCCAGAAGAGCGAGACAAAUCCCGUUAAACAAUUAUUGGCUGCGUUUGACUCGGAUAGUGAGGGGGAAAAUGCUCCCAGCAGCGAGCAGGUAUUGAAGCUGAGCCCUACAACCUCUCCAAUCAAGGUCGGUGCUACAAAAGGCGACAUAGAAUUGGACUCCGAUUCAGAUUUCGAUACAACCAAUGUUCUCGAUUUGAUCGCCAAGCCUCAGCUGCCCAUUGCUAAGAAUAGAAAGAAUCCCAUUGAUGAAUACGCCCAGAGGCUCAAAAAGAGAAUGCUUUCGUCUCCGACGCGAUCAGACGAAGGCGUCAUAACUCUUGAUGAUUCUGGAGAUGAAACUGCUGCUGAAGCGACUCCAAGUGAUAUUCCACAAUUAACAAAGGAACAACAGUUUGUUCUUAAGCAACGGUACUCGAGGAAAAAGUUCGAGAGAAUCAAAAGCAACAUUGCAUACUCAAAGUUUCAUCAACCAAGAGGACGCGAAAAGAGCUUGAAGCUUUUCAAUGAGCUCAGAGCAGCAAACGUUAAACAGUUGAAUGAGUUGAAGGAAAGUAACCCUGACGCUGAGCUCUUGGAAGAAAUCGAGAAAGAAGAAGAGGAAAUGGGGAACUUGUUGGAACGUGAGAUGGAGAGAGUGAGAAGAAUCCGGAAGAAGGAAAAACUUCAGGAGAAAGCGAAGUUGCGAUUGAUCAAUGGCGGCGAUAAUGAUGAAGAUGAUGCCGACUACAACAGUAACGAAGGCAACGAAGAUGUUCCUGACAGUGAAGUUGAUUCCAAUUCGGGAGAAUCUGAGUUUAGCGACGAGAAUGAGCUGGAUGACGAGGAGACUGAAACAGUGUCUAGACCAAAACGAGUUGUUCUUUCUGAUGAUGAGGAAGACGCACCAACAGCCACCAAUUCAAGUAUCACGGAACCAGCAACAAAACGCCAUGAUGACAGUUACAUGUUUGGAGGAACAAGUGAUGAGGUCGAGGUUCCAGAUGACGAAAUGGAAGUCAGGGCUGGAGGUCAUGACGACACUUCUGCAAGCACCAUGGACCUCGAAGUGGAACACAGAGAGUCUAAUCAAUAUGAGUUGUUUCUGAAUCUAGCCCCCAGAAAAGCACAAGAUGUUUCUUUUACAGAAUCUACCAUCGACGAAUCCUUCCAUGUACCUGAGUUGCCUUCUUUCCAGGAUAUCACUGAAACGCAGGAAACAAAUGCUGAUAAUUUGCCAACUCAAGCAGAUGCUCAAAGUUACCCUGCCACGCAGAUCAUUCCUUCUGCCACUCUAGCAGUCUCUCCUGCUACCCAGAUCAUUCCCUCAGCUACACAUACCAGCAAAACGCUUGCUGAUAAAACCCAGGAAGAUGUUUAUUCUGAUGAUGAAGAACAAGACUUGCCUGCAGCAGUCAAUAGAGGGCGUCGACACAUCAGCAAGAACGUCCUUCAUUCAGUCCAGGAAGAAGACGAAGACGAUGAAGCAGACAAUGAGAAAGAACAAGAACUACUCAAGGAGAAGCUUGCUCUUUUCGAAGCUAAAAUCAGAAGAAAGGAGCUUAAGGCACGUCGGUUGAGAAAAGAAAUGGAACGCAGGGGAAUUAAGAAUGUUGUUGAAGGAGAAGCAGAGGAGUCUGAAGACGAGUGGAAGGGAAUUGGUGGAGCAGAAAACGAGGAGAGUGACCAAGCAAACUCCGAAGACGAAAGAAUGAUUGAUAACGACUUUAAUAUUGACCUCAACGAUGAAGAAGUGAGAAAGAAGUUCAUGGAGCAAUAUCAAAUCAAGGAUAGAAAAGAAUUGGAGAAGUUAAUUGAUGAUAUCAAAAACCACAAGCUUACUAAGCGUGCUCGUGCCAAUAGGUUUGAUAUCGAGCUUAGCGACGAGGAAGAUGAGCUCUUGAUGGCAUACCGCCGUCAAAAGUUGCAAGAGCAGAAGCAAAGACUUUUGGCCAAUCUGAAACUUAUGAAGUUGGCUCUGAAUGUAAAAUCUAGAGCCUUCUUUGAGUCCAUGGAAGAGGAGUCAAAUAUCAUCACUUUAGACGAUGAGCUGGGCGAAGAAGACUCUGCUAGCGAGAGCGAGCCUAAGCCGAGCGAAAACAACAGUCAGGGAACAGAUGCAGAUGAAGUCGAAGCUGCACCUAUCAAAAAGGUCAUUCGUAUCCAUGAAGCAUUUGUCCAGAGACAAUUAUCGUUCCUCUCGAAAACAGAUGACGAUGACUACCUUGAAAUUCAGCGUAUGUCCAAUGCUCAGCACGGAAUUGCAUCUGAUGAUGAUAUAGAUGACUUGGCUACUCUCAAGAGUCGGAGCUUGAGCAAUUUGUACACCAGAAAUCCGACUCCAGAGGUUGUUGACCUGGACACACUUUCCAACAAGAGGACACACGAUGAAAUCCAGACCGACAACGAUGAGGACGACGACGAUGACGAUGAUGGUUUUUCUCACGUCUUCAAAAGGCCAUCGAUGGUGGCUUCAUUCAGGUCCUUCCAAGAGAAGCAGGGAGUCCAAGUUUCUACGAAAUCCUUCAGCGGAGUCACCGUCAACAAACAGUAUAAGGUUGCCUCUGGCUCAAAGGCAUCGAUUACCUACAUGUCAAAGUCAAACAAACAGAAGGGCAUUCCAAGUUCGAAGUACGAAAGUUCGAAAGCUAAGGAGAUCGAAGAAAGCAUUGGUAGAGCCCACCGUGAAAGUUCCAGCUCUCUCUAUAAAGCAGGUGGUACGUUCAGUUAA